GGAGGCGUAUCACCGCGUAACGACAGCCAAUGAUAAAAUACCAAUCGCAACACCUUUCCCUUUACAUUCCAUGAAAGAUAUAGUGUGUGGGGGCAGUCGAGAGAUUCGAACAACAAAAAGGGUGAUUGAAAACAAUCUUUUCAAUGGCAAGCAGGAGAGCUCUGCAGUCAUUGUCGCUUAGAUUUUGCAAGGGAAGGAGUUUCGGUGCUGUGCCUGAAGCCAGCAAGGUUACUUCCUGCUCUCAAAAAAUCAUCAACUUGGAAUAUGAAUACAGUGCGCACAAUUAUCACCCAGUCCCCAUUGUAUUUUCGCAAGCAAAUGGAUCAUCUGUAUGGGAUCCAGAGGGCAACAGAUAUCUGGAUUUCCUUGCAGCUUACUCAGCAGUUAAUCAGGGACAUUGUCAUCCUAAGAUCAUGGAAGCAUUACAAAAGCAGACAGAAAGGCUCACCCUCAGCUCUCGAGCCUUUUACAAUGAUAGAUUUCCAAUAUUUGCCGAGUGUCUGCGUGACAUGUUUGGCUAUGACAUGGUACUUCCUAUGAACACCGGUGCAGAAGGUGUGGAAACAGCUCUGAAGUUGGCAAGGAAAUGGGGUUACGAGAAGAAAAAAAUUCCUAAAGACGAGGCUAUUAUUGUCUCGUGUUGUGGCUGCUUCCAUGGUCGUACGUUGGCUGUUAUCUCCAUGAGCUGUGACAACGAAGCUACCCGUGGUUUUGGGCCAUUGUUGCCUGGCCAUCUUAAAGUUGAUUUUGGUGAUGCAGCUGCUCUUGAGAAACUUUUUAAAGAAAAUGGCGAUCGAAUAGCUGGAUUUCUGUUUGAACCCAUUCAAGGAGAGGCUGGGGUACGUGUGCCCCCCGAUGGUUAUUUAAAAGCUGUCAGAGAUCUAUGCUCCAAAUAUAAUGUUUUAAUGAUUGCUGAUGAGGUACAAUCUGGCUUAGCACGAACAGGAAAAAUGCUGGCUUGCGACUGGGAAGAAGUGCGCCCAGAUGUAGUGAUACUUGGAAAGGCACUGGGUGGUGGAGUGAUACCUGUAAGUGCAGUGCUUGCAGACAAAGAUGUGAUGCUUUGUAUCCGACCCGGAGAGCAUGGAAGUACCUUUGGUAAUCCAUUGGCCAGUGCAGUUGCUAUUGCCUCACUAAACGUGAUCAAAGAUGAGCAACUUGCUGAGAGAUCUGCCGAGCUGGGAGAGGAGCUAAGGCAACAGCUACUUAAGAUUCAGCAGCAAUAUCCAAACUACAUAAAAGAAGUUAGAGGAAGAGGUUUGUUCAAUGCUUUGGAGCUCAACAGCAAGAGUCUCUUCCCGAUUUCUGCAUAUGAUAUCUGCCUAAAGUUGAAGGAGAGAGGAGUUCUUGCUAAGCCCACCCAUGAUACUAUCAUCCGAUUAACUCCUCCACUCUCAAUAAGUUUGGAUGAGCUCCAAGAAGGCUCAAAGGCACUUUGUGAUGUUCUGGAAUUUGAUCUACCAAAGAUGCAGAAAGCAAAGCCAGAGCAUGUCUCCUCAAUUAGUUCCAACAUAUGUGACCGUUGCGGGCGAGACUUGUAUGGUUCUCCAGAUAAAGAUAUCUGAGAAAUAUGUAAUUGCAGAAAUGUUUGUCGUGCGUAUCUAUCACAUGGAUUUUCUGAACUCCAUUUCCAGUUUUUUAAAUAUUUUUCAAGUGGUAUUUAGACAUCAUGAUAUCUCAUCUCAAUCUGGAUGAUGUUUUUGGUCUAUUCAUCAAAUAUACUAUAUGAUGAAAGAAUAUUAUAAA